AUGAAUGAGAAGUCGAUGGUAAAUACCAUCCGAUUGCUCGAGAAUCAAAAGAUUGAACGUGAAAUAGCGUUUCAAGAAGCUGUGGAUGAGAGGAAAAGAGCAUUCGAACUUGCUAGAUUGCAGUAUGCCUAUCCUUACAAAGCCGUUGCAAGUGUUACGGUAACAUUUAUUUCUGGUUUAGCAACCUAUCGACAUAAAAAUUUACUCUAUUUGAUACCGAUUGCAAUAGCGCUUCCUUAUUUGGCAUAUGAAACUGAUGCCUGCUCGGAACGAAGUACAGCAAGGAUCAAAAGACGAGCUGAUUUACUAUACCGAAAAAGAUUGGCAGAGCAUGAGCCGCAUGUUUUGGUAAGUGACGUAAAACAUCGUCUGAAAGAAUUGCAAGGAAGAAGUGAUAUGGAUAGGAAUUUGCGGGUUCUGGAACUAUCAAAGGAUUGCAUUUGUGAUAUUUUAUUUAUGUUUUUAAUGGGAACAUCGUGGUCAAGUAAUGUGGAGUUGCAAAAUUAUUACGAUCAACAGGCAAUGGAACAAAUAGCUCUGCAAAAUGUUUUGUUCGAGCAUAAAAGAGCCUUAGAGUUAGCGAACACACGAAAACUUAUUUCUAAUGAACAUAUGAUGGCAGUGCUGACUGUUUCAUUGAUGUUAGCAGCUCAGAAAAUGAAACAACCACAUCUGUUCAUUCUACCAGCCGUUCCACUUGUUAUUGGUCUUUUCCAUAAUUUUGACCAGCAACGGGAUAUAACGCUGGAUAUCAUAAAAGAGAAAGCGCAAGAGUUGUGCCGAGAAAAUCGCCAUUUAUUUGAACCCAUUGGUGGUCCCAUAACAUUGGAUGAGCUCGACAGACGUAUUAAUUACACAAAAUAUAACAAUGAAAAAGAAUUUAAUGAAGCCAAUUGA